AUGUUUCUCAUGGAGACUAAAAACGAGGAUGAGUUCAUUAAAAGAAAACUCCAGGAUCUGCGCUAUCCUCGCUACUACUCGGUACCACCUAUUGGCCUGAGCGGUGGUUUGUCUCUCUUAUGGAAGGACGGUAUUGACGUUACCGUUCUGGAAGCUUCACCAAACUUGAUAGACACCCGUAUUACCUUCAAAGGAACCUCUUCUUUUAUCUCUUUUAUCUAUGGAGCUCCGGCAAUGGAAAAUCGAGCUAGCUUUUGGGCUAAACUCACGGCAGUAGGAGCGGGAAGAAACUCACCAUGGCUUAUCACUGGAGAUUUUAACGACAUCUUCAACAACUCAGAGAAAGUGGGAGGCCCAACGCGCUGGGAAGGGUCCUUUACCGCAUUCCACUCUUUUGUCUCAAUAAAUGGUCUGUGGGAUCUCCGGCACUCGGGUGAUCAAUUGUCUUGGAGAGGUACUCGAUACCUUCAUUUUAUCAGAUCCCGCCUCGAUCGAGCUAUGGUUAACUGUGCAUGGAAUGAAGCCUACCCGAUGGGGAGAAGCAGUUACCUCCGCUAUGAGGGCUCAUAUCACCGCCCCCUCAUCACAUACUUCAAUGAUUCAAAAGUUCGCCACAAAGGUUUGUUCCGUUUCAACCGAUCUUUGAUAGAGAAAGAAGAGAUUACAGCCAUUAUGGAAGAAGCGUGGAACCAUGAUCCACUGGGAAUAGUCAUCGCAAAACUUAAUGCAGCAAGGCGUGGAAUUAUUUUCUGGGCCAAGGAACAGAACCGUAAGAAUAAUCUGCUGAUCCAGAAGCAUCAGGCUGCUUUGGAAACUGCCUUAUCAGCCUCUACGCCAUGCCAGGAAGAGAUAGAGAGACUCACAAUUCUCCUAACAACUGCUUACAAAGAGGAGGAAAACUACGCGACACGAAGAUUGAUCAACACCAUCUCGGUCAUAGAAGAUGAAGACGGCAAAGAUGUUUAUGAGGAUGACCAAAUUGGCUCUGUGAUAGCGGAUUACUUUACUAGCAUUUUCAGUACCAAUAACAAUCAAGAUUUUGCCAAACUAGAAGGGGUGCUUACAUGUAAGGUGACUGAGGAGAUGAAUCAAUACCUUGAUUUAGUACCGAGUGAUUUGGAAAUAAAAGAAGCUGCGUUUUCAAUAAACAGCGGCAAGGCCCCUGGUCUCGAUGGGUUCUCUGCGAAGUUCUACCACUCUUAUUGGCAUAUUAUUGGAGCUGAUGUCACGCAUGACAUCCGACAGUUCUUCACCACCGGUGUUCUGCACCCUGGACAGAAUGAGACCCAUGUGAGAUUAAUCCCCAAGACUACAAGCGCCCGUGCUGUUGCCGACUACCGCCCUAUUGCUCUCUGCAACACCCACUACAAGAUAAUCGCGAAGAUCCUAACCCGCCGGCUGAAACCUCUCCUCCCUACUCUGAUCUCUAAGACACAGUCUGCGUUCGUAGAAGGUCGGGCAAUAGGAGACAACGUUUUGAUUACUCAUGAGACACUCCACUUCCUACGUACUUCCGAAGUAAAGAAGCGAUGCGCCAUGGCCGUCAAAACAGACAUGAGUAAAGCUUAUGACAGGAUCGAAUGGAACUUUCUCAAGGCUGUGCUGGUCAGAAUGGGUUUUGACAAUAGAUGGAUAGCGUGGGUUAUGGGCUGUGUGGAAUCAGUCUCAUACUCGUUUCUGGUCAAUGGUUCUCCUAUGGGUUCAGUGAUACCAUCCCGUAGAAUACGGCAAGGAGACCCACUCUCUCCUUAUCUCUUCAUAUUAUGCACUGAAGUGCUAUCUUCGAUGUGUGAUAAAGCGAUGCAAGAUGGCUCACUCACAGGAGUACGAGUAGCUCGCGGAAGCCCGACUGUUAACCAUCUCGUAUUCGCGGACGAGACUAUGUUCUUCUGCAAAUCCAACACAACCAGUGUCUCCGCUUUCCUCGAUAUCAUGAAGACUUAUGAGGAUCUUUCAGGACAACACAUUAAUUUCUUAAAGUCGGCUAUCACUUUUUCAGCAAAAACCCCUCCGGAGGUUAAGGCUCGCGUUAAAGCCUCGCUAGCCAUAGAAACAGAAGGGGGCCUAGAGAAGAAAAAGAUGUGUUGGGUUACUUGGACGACCUUGACGUUACCAAAGCACGCAGGAGGUUUAGGAUUUCGUGAUAUCGAAACCUUUAACGAUGCUCUACUGGCUAAGAUAGGUUGGAGAAUCCUGAAUGAUCCACACUCGCUACUGGCACAAGUUUUGCUAGGCAAGUAUGCUCGUGGCUCCAACUUCAUGGACUGCUAA